AACUAUGUUGUGAUUAGGUUUUUUAAAAAAGUUUUUUGUUAAAUAAGUAGGGCAAUAUGCAUUGUUUCAUAAUGGGAAAAAAAGUGGAAAAUGCAAUGCAUAUGUAAUAUAAAUAUAUAGCAUGAGUUAAUUGCUUACAUUCUACAUUUCAAACUUAUAUAAAAGGAAAUGUUUCGAUUUACCGGUACCAAAAAUAUUCGUAAGUAAUGACAGUCUUGCUUACUUGUUUAAGAUGAUUAAUGAUAAUGACAAUGGCAUGAGUUUCAAUUGUCAAUGUCAAUAAUAGUGUAAAUAAUAAAACAAUAAAUUAAAACUAUUUUUAAAAAACCCAUUGACUUUGACAAUAUGAAUAUUAUUAAAUGAUUGUAUAGUAGAUUAUAGGAUAAGGUACUGUACUAUUAGGUUAGGCAAAUGCCUUCAUCAGUAGGGCCUACGCCUACAAUAGCCUACAUCAAAAUAAAAUCAUUGAUUAAUUUGGAUAUUUAUAAUAUCGCCCUGGUAUCCAUGUCACUUUAGCAUGCUCACUUUUCAGAAAUCUAUGUAAACCAAUUUUUUAAAAUUUUUCUUAAAUGAUUUUUUAUCAUUUACAAUGCCCCUCUAAGAUACCCCGGUAGUUCAUUCCGUGUAGGCCGAUAUAAUAAUAAUAUAUACAUAAUGAGCUCUUUUCUUACAUUCAUUUUCAUUUCUAACUAGAUUCUAAGUAAUAUACAAGGGUAGUAGUGACUAAUAUAUAUAUUAUAUAUAUAUAUAAUUAUAUAAUAUAUAUACUUGACUUAUAUUGUUAUAUCUGAAAUUAGCAUUAUUUAACUGUUAAAUUGUUAGAAGAAAUAUGCAGCCUUAAUAAAUCAUAUUUUCAGCUAGAUAGAGUAUCGUCAGGGGGAAAAUGGGGAUAUUUAUUACUGCCCAUAGUGCCAUAGUAUAGUUUUUAUGUCUGGCCCACUAUUCUUUUUUUUUUUUUAAUUGAUUUAGUAGAUGGCAGUCCUUAAGUUUACCAUCUCCUCAUUCAAGAAAUACAUAUCCGGUACAUAUUUCAAACAAUACACUGGCCUUUGUAUCCAAGUAACAUGCUUAGACUACUGGUCUGUCACAAACAAUACACUGGCCUGUACUGUGUAUCCAAGUAACAUACUUACACCACUGGCCUGUGUAUCCAAGUAACAUGCUUAGACCACUGGCCUAUGUAUGUAUCCAAGUAACAUGCUUAGAUCACUGGCCUGUGUAUCCAAGUUUGUAAAAUAGGUAGGAAAAAUAUUACCGGUAUUUAUCUUUUUAUUUCAAUCUAUGCAGCUUUUGGCUGUGUUAAAAAAGUGAGUGUAUUUGUAUGCUUAAAAUUACAUUUGUUACUAAUUAUUCAUUCAAUUAGUAGUUUUUUUUAACACCUGAUAUUGUUAGUAUGGUAAUUGAAAGGUAUCCAGUCUCAGGUGUAGGCGAUACGAGGGGGGGGGGGCAAUGUCAAGGAGCAAGGAUGAUUAUAUAAUUUUUACUAAUCAAAUUUGAUUUUUAUUACUACCGGUAUAUGAUUAUAAUUUUGCUACUUAUUUGCUUUUCAGAUCUUCUGACGAAUACUUACAUAAAGCUUCAGUACAACACUUUACUUCAUCGAUGUUUUUCUGAAAACGGAAAUGUAAAAACUGGCGCUAGAAAAGGAAAGACACCAGCUGGUAAAUUCGAUGAACCAUUGGAAUUGAAAUCAGAAGAGAGGGAGCCUCAAGGAGAAAAAGAACCCUUGGAACGAUUCCCAGACAAUAAAAAUCCAUUAACAGGAGAAAUAGGUGGACCUAGAGGUCCUGAGCCUACUCGAUAUGGAGACUGGGAAAGAAAGGGGAGGGUGACAGACUUUUGAUUUCUAUUAAAUAUUUUUGGCAAGUUAAUAAAACUGAGUUUAAGUUUAACAUUUAAUGAAAUAUAUAUUCAUUUAGCGAGAGUGGUUGGAUUUUUGCACUGUAAUUUAUAUUUAAUGUAUACCGGUAGUUGUAUUUGUUAAAACUUUUUAAUUUGUUUUUGACAUGCAAUAAUGGAAUGUAAAUCUAACAUUAUUAUUAACAUUCAUGUUUGAAGUGUGCUGUUAUUUUUCAAGCAGAAUAAAGUAGUUAUUAAAAAGUAAACAAAAAUCUUUAAAUAAUUUUUCAAAAAAUUUUUUUUAAAUUAUUUAAAAAUGCUCUAACUCUAACAAGUACAAAUAAUAUAGUUCUGUUGUUAACCUAGCUUUACUUUUAAUAUUAUCCAAGUCAUAUCAUAUUAAAACAAAAAUGUGCUGUUGUUAACCUAGCUUUACUUUUAAUAUUAUCCAAGUCAUAUCAUAUUAAAACAAAAAUG